UCAGUAACUCCUGCGUCCAUUUCUUUUCUCUAACUGAUCAAGUUCAUCAUCUGAUCGGUUUUUCCCCGUGAGCUUGAGCAAUAACCGUCCGUGACGUCAUUCCAUUUCCUCUUUGUGUGGGAAGUCGGUGAGGAGAAAAGACCUGCUGAUCAGCCAAUCAGCUGCCCGUCUGUCUCUCUGCGGGUUUAUUUUCUCCUCCUCCUCUGCUUCUCUCCAGCGUUUCUCCUCUUCCUCUUCUUCUCUCCACCGUUUCUCCUUCCUCUCCUCCUCCUCUCCUCCUCCUCCUCUCCUCCUCCGCUCCCCAGCAGCGAUGCUCCCGCCGGGCCUGGCCGGCCUCGGCGCUCUGUCUGCGGACUGGCAGUAGAUCGGCAGGUCGGUGCAGGUCGCGUCUCUCCGUCAUGGUGCAGAAAUCCCGGAACGGCGGGGUGUUCCCCGGAGCGCAGGCCGACCAGAAGAAGCUGAAGGUCGGCUUUGUGGGUCUGGAGGCCGGGGGGACCGAGUCCAGCAGGGACGGAGCUCUGCUCAUAGCAGGUGGGGAGGAGGGUCCUCGGCGGCAGCGCAGCAGUGUCUCUGGAGGAAAGAAACCUCCGAAACGAAAUGCCUUCUACAGACGACUGCAGAACUUCCUGUACAACGUACUGGAGAGACCUCGAGGAUGGGCCUUCAUCUACCACGCCUAUGUGUUCCUGCUGGUGUUCUCCUGUCUGGUUCUGUCUGUGUUCUCCACCAUCAGGGAGUACGAGAAGAGUUCAGAGGAUGCUCUCUACAUUCUGGAAGUGGUGACCAUCGUGGUGUUCGGGGUGGAGUACAUGGUGAGGAUCUGGGCUGCAGGUUGCUGCUGUCGCUACCGAGGAUGGAGAGGGAGACUUAAAUUCGCCAGAAAACCUUUCUGUGUCAUUGACAUCAUGGUGUUGAUCGCGUCCAUCUCGGUGUUGGCUGCGGGGACUCAGGGGAACGUCUUUGCCACUUCAGCCAUCAGGUCGCUUCGUUUCCUUCAGAUUCUGAGGAUGAUCAGGAUGGACCGCCGGGGAGGAACCUGGAAACUGCUGGGAUCAGUCGUCUACGCUCACAGCAAGGAGUUGAUCACUGCGUGGUACAUUGGCUUCCUGUGUCUGAUUCUGGCAAGUUUCCUCGUUUAUUUGGCUGAAAAAGAAGACAAUGAACAGUUUGAGACGUACGCAGACGCCCUCUGGUGGGGACUGAUCACCUUGACAACCAUUGGCUAUGGAGACAAGUUUCCCAUCACCUGGAACGGGCGUCUUCUGGCUGCAACCUUCACUCUGAUCGGAGUUUCAUUCUUCGCUCUGCCUGCUGGGAUCCUGGGUUCUGGUUUUGCUCUGAAGGUUCAGGAGCAGCACAGGCAGAAACACUUUGAAAAGAGACGAAACCCAGCUGCUGGACUCAUACAGAUACUUCUGCGUCACUAUCUUCUGUUUUUCGGUCGCAAACUUGAGGAGGACUCCACAGGAUGUAUUCUUCGUAUGAGGGGUUUGCUUCAAGAAAGUGCACGAUGCAUGAAGCAAACUCGUUGGCAGAGAGACCAGCUUCACCUUCAUGCCACAGAGACUGGAUUCCAUGUUCGGCACAAGAGCGCUUAUACUCAGUGUGGAGAUGACUGAGAGACUUGAACACCGGCUCCAGGACUCUCUCCUCUUCUUCCUACCCAUUUCAGAAAACACCACUGCUUUAUGCCUAGUGUAGACAGGAACAUGCGUUGGCACA